GACCCGGGGGCCGCGAUGGGCCGCCGCCGCCUGCCGGUCUGGCUGUGCGCCGUCGCGGCGCUGCUCUCGGGGGCGCAGGCCAAGGGCACCCCGCUCCUCGCGCGGCCCGUGCCGCCCGGUGCCUCCCGCUACAGCCUCUACACGACGGGAUGGCGCCCGCGGCUGCGCCCGGGGCCGCACAAGGCCCUCUGUGCCUACGUUGUACAUAGGAAUGUGACGUGUGUCCUACAGGAGGGAGCAGAGAGCUACAUAAAGGCUGAAUACCGGCGAUGUGGAUGGGGGCCCAAGUGCCCCGGGACAGUCACGUACCGCACAGUGCUCAGACCCAAAUACAAGGUGGGCUACAAAACAGUGACGGACCUCGCCUGGCGUUGCUGCCCUGGCCUCGCUGGAGAAGGCUGCCCCGAGCAUCUCACGGACCAUGGGGCCACCCCACCUCAGCCGGUGCCUGAGCCUCAGAUUCCCUCGGGGCAGGUGGGCCCAGGCCCCAGGCCCCUUCCUUCCAGCAGAGCCGCCCCCACCCCGCACGGAAGAAAAGGCCCAGGGCUGUUUGGUGAACGGCUGGAACGCCUGGAGGGUGAUGUCCAGCGCCUGGCACAAGCAUAUGGUACCCUCAGUGGCCUGGUGGCCAGACAUGAAGACCCCAACAGGAUGAGCGGUGGCCCUAGGGCUCCUGCGGCCCCUGUGGGCUUCGGGGUCAUCCCCGAGGGGUUUGUGAAUCCCAGAGACAGAGCUGGAGGACCGCUCACUCCUCCCCUGGACGAGAUCCUGAGCAAGGUGACAGAGGUAAGCAACACCCUCCGGACCAAGGUGCAGCUGCUGGACAAGGUGCACGGGCUGGCCCUUGGCCACGAGGCUCACCUGCAGCAGCUGCGGGAGGCGCCCCCGUCUCCGCUCACCUCUCUGGCGCUGCUGGACGAGUAUGUGGACCGACGCCUGCGCCGACUCUGGGGGAGCCUGCUGGACGGCUUCGAGCAGAAGCUGCAGGGCGUCCAGAAUGUGUGUGACCUGCGGGUGCAGGAGGUGCGGCAGCAGUGCGAGGAGGGCCAGGCGGCCAGCCGGAGGCUGCACCAGAGCCUGGAUGGCCGCGAGCUGGCCCUGCGCCGGGAGCUGUCGCAGCUGGGUACCCGGCUGCAGGGCCUGAGUGUGGCUGGGGGGGGCAGCUGCUGCAGCCAGCUGGCCGUGAUCAGUGCCCGCGUGGACAGCCUCGAGAGGAACCUGCAGGCGGCGACCGAGGCCCAAGGGGGCCACAGCUCCCCCGACGGGAGUGACCUCAGGCGCCUCUCUGCUGCCGUGCUCGAGGGGGGCGUGGAUGGGCUGCUGGAGGGCCUGGAGACCAUCAAUGGGACGGAGGGCGGAGCCGGGGGCUGCUGUCUGGGGGUGGAGGAGGGGGGCUGGGGCGUGCGCGGCUUCCCCACCACGCUGGAGGAGCGCGUGCAGAGGCUGGAGGAGCGCCUGGUGACGCUGGCUGGGGAGCCCGGCCGGGACAGCGCCCCUCCAGGCAGGUCGGCUCGGCCCCUCGUGCAGACGGAGCUGGCUGUGCUGGAGCAACGGCUGGUUUCCCUGGAGACCUCGUGUACCCCCAGCACCACCUCAGCCAUCCUGGACAACCUCGUGGCUGAGGUGAAGGCCUGGCAGAGCCGGAGCGAGGCCCUCCUCCGCCAGGUGGCCAGCCACGCGGCCCUGCUCCAGCGGCUCAACGGCACGGUGGCUGAAGUCCAGGGGCAGCUGGCGGAAGCCAUGGGCAGCUCCCUGCAAGGAGAGAUCACCCUACUCAAGGUGAAUCUGAACUCCGUGAGGAAGUCACUCACGGGCCUCAGUGACUCUGUCGGCCAGUAUUCUGACGCGCUCUCGGCUGCCAACACAUCCCUGGAUGAGCGGGAACGCAAGGUGGAGGCCGAGGUCCACGCCAUCCAGGAGCAGGUCAGUAGCCAAGGCUCGCGGCUUCGGGCUGGCCACAGGCAGGUCCUGAGCCUGCGGGGGGAGCUGGAGCAACUCAAGGCCGGCGUGGCCGACGUGGCGGGCGGGCUGAGCCGCUGCCGAGACACAGCCCAGGAACUCCAGCUCGCAGUGGGCCACUUCGACCAGAGGGUGGCCCGAGUGGAAGGCGCCUGCGGGAGGCUGGGCCUGCUGGCUGCAGGCCUGGACAGCGCGCCGGCCGAGUCUCUUAGGCCCAGGGCGGGCCUGUGGGACCACAUGGACCAGCUGAAUCGCACACUGGCCCAGCACGCAAAGGACAUCGCCCGCCUCCGGGAUGACCUGCUGCACUGCCGGGCACAGCUGGCCGAGCAGGGGCGCCCGGAGCAGGCCGACUAG